GUCUAGUGACCGGGAAAACCGGGAAAGCCGGGAAUUGUACGGAAAUUAUAACUGCCAGGAAAAAUCCGGGAAUUGUAACAGGAAUUUUUCAUAAAUCCGGGGAUAAAAACAAAGUUUUAUUAAAACGUGUUAUGCUGCAUUUCAUUUCUGGAUCAUCAUCGCUGACCAACAAAUACCGUUAAAAACUAUCAAUAAGUUUUAAGUGGGACGCGAGUCUUCACAGGUCCAUGCGGCGCCCGGAGACAGCGCGAUAGACUUGGCAACACUGCUUGUGUGACUCACCCACGCGAGCGCACGCACACACACCAGUUCACAAUCUCUCGUUCAGACGUCUGGCGCCGUCUAACAGCAUUCUGCCGCCGUUUUCCGCUAUCCAGUGUUUGUGUUUCGUUGCAAUGCGUGUAUGUGGAUUAUUAAGUAUUUACAGUAAAACGGACUUGAAAUGGCUCGUCGGGUGAGAGGGAAAAUUUCGUUUCAAACGGAUUGGAAAGUAGAAUUCCCUUGGGUUGAAGACAUCAAGGAUGAUCGUCACUCUGCUAGGUGUGCAGUCUGUGGGACUACUUUUUCCAUUACUUCCAUGGGAAGAACAGCUCUUACAAGCCAUGCCAGUGGAAACAAGCAUAAGAAAAAUGUGAGUAGUGUAGAUAAGACAGCGCCAAUUCAAAUUUGGGCUACUACAUCUGCCCCUGAAACAUCUAAAGCAUCUGAACCUUCACCUUUACCAUCUUCAUCUGUAAUUCAACCUUCGUCAGCUGCUGUUAUUCCUGGUGCGAGUAUGAAUCUACCUGCUGAAGAUUCGUUAAUCCCGAAAUCUGCUUCUACAACCCGCUGUUUGGAUAAUUUUCUUCUUAAAGACGAUGUGACUCAUGCCGAAGCUUUGUGGUGUCUUGAAACGGUGAUGAAUCAUAACUCCUUACGCAGCGCUGCUAGUAGCGUAAACAUGUUCAAGCGAAUGUUUCCCAACGAUCGUGUUGCAAACAAUAUGAAACUUCAAAAAGAUAAAAUUUCAUAUGUCAUAGUUUAUGGACUUGCUCCUUAUUUUUAUGAUAAGUUGAAAAGUGUUUUGAAAGAGUGUGAACAUUUCGUGUUGGGUUUUGAUGAGAGUGUGAACAAAAUUGCACAGAAACAACAGAUGGACUUGUCUGUCAGAAUUUGGGACUCAAAUGUAAAUAAAGUUAUGUGUAGGUAUGUAACAUCCAUCUUUUUGAAUCACGCUACAGCUGAAGAUCUCUUACAAGCCAUGAAAACUGGCUUGGAAGGAUUUGACAUGAUGAAGAUUAUCCAAUUAUCAAUGGAUGGUCCUAACGUAAAUUUCAAAGUACUUAGGCUUUUACAGCAAGACAGCAGAUCUGACCCAGAAUCCCCACAGUUACUAGAUAUUGGUUCUUGUGGUUUACACACAGUGCACAAUGCCUUUAAGACAGGCAUCAAGAAAUCUGGUUGGGAGAUAAUUGAGUUUCUUAGAGCCCUUUACAAUUUGUUUAAAGAGGCUCCAAGUCGACGAGGAGACUAUACAGAGGCUUCAAACUCACACGUGUUUCCUUUGAGGGUUUGCUCAAUUCGUUGGAUUGAAAAUGGCAAAGUAGCGAGGAGAGCAAUGGAAAUAUUGCCACUUGUUGAAAAAUAUGUCAACAUAGUCAAAACCACAGCAAAGGAACCAUCUUGUAAUAGCUUUUCUGUUGUAUGUAAAGCCCUGCAAGACAAACUCCUGCAAGCGAAAAUAGCUUUCUUUGAGGCACUGGCAAGUGACGUUGAACCAUUUUUGGUAGAAUUCCAGUCUGAUUCUCCAAUGGCACCAUUUCUUUUCGAUAGUUUGACAUUUAUUGUAAUGACUGCUAUGAAAAGAAUUGUGAAAACCGAGAUUAUUGAGAAAACUCCUCUUCACAAAAUUGAUGUUUUCAAACAGAAUGCAGAUAAGACUUUUGUAAAUCUCAAGGAUGUGAAACAUGUUGAGCUUGGUUACAGUACCCGUGCAGCACUAAGGAAGUGUAAGAAUGCCUCUGAGAAAGAUAUUUUAAUUUUCAGAAAAGAGUGUCGGAAUGUCCUGCAAUUUUUUGUGAGUAACCUGUUGCUGAAGUCUCCUCUGAAGUAUUCUCUUACCAAGGCUCUUACUUUUUUGAACCCUUAUCAUAUUUCUUCCAAAGAUAGUUGUGUAAAACAACUUACUACUGCUCUUGACCACCUCCUUACGGCCAAUCUUCUGCCAGCUAGCACUGUUGAAAGGGCUGAUAGAGAGUACAGGUUUCUUUGCUCGCAAUCAAAUGUCAUUGAAGAAAUGAAAACCUACUCUAAGUCUGAAACUCGCUUGGAUACCUUCUGGGUGCAGCUUAUAGAAGGAAAGAAGGAAUAUGAGAACCUCUUUAAAGUAGUCAAACUACUUUUAAUUUUGUCUCACGGCAGUGCUAACAUCGAACGAGGAUUUUCAGUGAACAAAGAAAUUUUAGUCGAAAAUCUGAAAGAACCAUCACUCAUAGCCCAGCGUCGUAUUUUUGAUUUUGUUAGUAAUGAGCCGGGUGGACUGAUGAAGCUAGACAUUCCUAAAGCCAUGAUUCAUGCAGUGAGGAAUGCUUAUUCCAUGUACAGUGAGGCACUUGCAGAGCAGCAGUGUGCAAAUAAGAAAAUUUUCAAGCUAGCGGAAGAAAGAAAACGUGCAGCUACUGAGAUCAAACAGCUUGAGGCGAAGAAACUCAUGUUGCUUGAGGAUGUACAGCGUGCAGUAUCUGCCAUCGAUGAGAAGGUGAAAGAUCUUAAAAAAUAGUAUAGGGCUGUGUAUUGCAUGACACUAUACAGUUAAACUUCUCACAGUUUUGUACUAGUGUGACUAUGGACCAAACAAGCUGCAAGACAAUUACUAUCGAACCAGGACAAAUGAAAAAUUCCAAUGUUUUAAUAAUGAAUUUGAAGUUCCAACAUUUCCAGUGA